AUGAGCCAGAAUCAGAGCCAGAGCCAGAGCAUCAUGAUAUCAGAUCAUAUCACCAAGACGAAGGAGACUUUCUUCUUCUCCUCUUCUCUUCUUCCUCUUCCUGCUUAUCUCUUCUGGUUAGAAGACUUUUGCAAAUAA